AUGGCUUCCAAGAAUACUGUCUCUCCAACGCCACUAUUGUCUGAGAAGCAUAAUGGCAUUCCAACCAGACUAUUUGUAAAGGCUCAACAAGCCAAGUCUGCCAUCUUCGAUAUUGCCACCAAGCCCCAGAGCAACAGGACCCAGGUGGCUAUACCGCAGGGCAUAAGCGAAAAUUCAUUCCACAAAGCUAUCGAUGAACUCAGUGCAGAGCUGGGUGAAGAGCAUGUGGAACUCGUGACAAAGCUGAUCGAUGGCUGGUACAUGGAGAAUCCCAACACUCAUGACGGAAUGCAUGUGUCGGAGGAGGAUGACUUCGUCGCAUCGGCUAUAGUCUAUCCGAGCACCACGGAAGAAGUCCAGGAAAUCGUUCGCUGGGCAAACAAACACUGUAUCCCCAUCUCUCCAAUCUCAAUUGGGCGCAACUAUGGCUACGGCGGCGCCGCUCCUCGAGUUCGCGGUGCUAUCGUGAUCGAUCUUGGACGCCGAAUGAACCGAAUCCUCGAUAUCAACCCCGACAAUUGUACAUGCCUGGUUGAGCCAGGCGUGACUUACUUCGCCUUGUACGAGGAGAUCAAAGCCCGAGGUUUCGAAAAUCUAUGGGUUGAUGUGCCCGAUAUUGGAGGUGGCUCCGUUUUGGGAAAUGCCAUGGAUCGGGGUGUUGGCUAUACUCCGUAUGGCGAUCACUGGAUGAUGCACUCCGGGAUGGAAAUUGUGCUUCCCACUGGCGAAGUCAUCAGGACAGGAAUGGGAGCUCUUCCGGGGAACAAUAGCUGGCAACUGUUCCCUUAUGGCUUUGGGCCGACCGCUGAUGGAUUGUUCUCUCAAUCUAACAUGGGCAUUGUGACAAAAAUGGGGUUUGGUUUGAUGCCUAAUCCAGGUGGCUAUGAAAGCUAUCUCUAUACAUUCCCCAAGGAGGAAGAUCUCGCCCAGCUGAUUGAGAUUAUCCGCCCUCUUCGAAUUGCCAUGAUCCUCGAAAAUGUCGCUCAGCUUCGACACAUCAGUAUGCAAGUUGCGUUGGAAGGGAAGCCUCGCGGUGCCUACUAUACUGGAAAAGGACGAGUCCCAGACAAAAUCAUUCACGAUGCUGCAAAGACUCUUCCUCACGGUGACUGCGCCUGGUUAUACUACGGCAUGGCCUAUGGGCCUGAAGAUAUUCGCAAAUAUAAGCUGGACAUCAUUCACAAGGAGUUCAUGAAAAUUCCCGGCGCACGGCGUAUCGACCCCGCCGGCCUCCCGACCAACGAUUAUUUCUGGGUGCGUGAUCGAGUUGCCUCUGGUGUGCCGGACAUUGAAGAGCUUCGCUGGGUGAAUUGGCACCCGAAUGGGGGCCAUGUUGCAUUCAGUCCAGUCUCACCAGUUCGAGGACAGGACGCGACCGCUUUGUGGGAUAUUGCACGAAAGCGCUGCGAUGAGUUCGAUUUGGAUUUAUUCCCAACAUUCUGCGUGGGCUUAAGGGAGAUGCACCUGAUUGUGGAAAUUGUUUUCAAUCGCGAUGAUCCCGUUAUGCGGAACAAGGCGCGGGCAUGUCUGCGGGGGAUGAUCGACGAUGCUGCGGGGGAGAGGCUACGGCGAGUAUCGCACCCAUCUAGCGUUUAUGGAUCAGAUUGCGGGCACUUAUAA